AUGACGACUCGGUUCCGUGUUGAAUAUGCGCUCAAGACGCACAGGCGAGACCAGUUCAUCGAAUGGGUCAAAGCCUUGUUGGCCGUGCCCUUUGUGCUCUACUCGCAGCCGACGGGCGUGCUGGGCGACGACACCAACGUUACCAAGAUGGCCGAGGAGGCACACCGCCGCUACGCCGAAAUCAUGCGCGACGUCGAGAUGAUGAUAGACGACCACAUAUCGCGUCAAAAGCACAGCCAUGCCCGGGGCCAGAGCCAGGACGGCGUCGGCACCAGGCCUCUGCCGCCGCCGCAGCACCAUCUCCCCUCCAAGCUGGGCAUGCUGGUGCCGACGGCGGGCCCCUUCUUCACCCGCCUGCCGCUCGAGGCCGCCUUUAAGUACCAGGACCGCAAGCGGUACAUCUCGUCGCGGCGCUACGUGGCGCCGUCCUUCAACGACGUGCGCCUCAUCCUCAACUCGGCCCAGAUCAUGGCCGUCACGGGCGGCGCGCUGCGGCUGGCCACGUUUGACGGUGACGUGACGCUGUACGACGACGGGGAGAGCCUGAAGCCGUCGAGCCCGCUCAUCCCUCGCCUUCUGGAUCUUUUGCGCAAAAACAUCAAGGUCGGCAUCGUGACGGCGGCCGGGUACACGACGGCAGACCGCUACUAUGCCCGGCUGCACGGGCUCCUCGACGCCAUCGCGGCGGCGACGGACCUCGACGACGCGCAGAAGCAGAGCCUCGUCAUCAUGGGCGGCGAGGCAAACUACCUGUUCGCCAUGGACCUGUCGUCCGAGUACCGGCUGGCGCCGGUGGCGCGGAGCGAGUGGCUGACGCCCGAGAUGGCGGCGUGGUCGGCGGCGGACAUUGCGGCGCUGCUCGACGUGGCCGAGUCGGCGCUGCGCGACUGCGUGCGGACGAUGCGGCUGCCGGCCGAGGUGGUGCGCAAGGAGCGGGCGGUGGGCAUCGUGCCGUCGCCGGCGUCGGUGCGCAUCGCGCGCGAGUCGCUCGAGGAGACGGUGCUGGUGGUGCAGCGGAUCCUGGAGCUGUCGAGCCUGGGCACGCCGGCCGGGUCCGGGCGCAAGGGCGGGGUGCCCUUCUGCGCCUUCAACGGCGGGCGCGACGUCUUUGUCGACAUCGGCGACAAGAGCUGGGGCGUGACGGUGUGCCAGCAGUGGUUCGGGCGCGGCGGCGGCGCCAUCCGCGGCGAGAACACGCUGCACGUCGGCGACCAGUUCCUCAGCGCCGGGUCCAACGACUUCAAGGCCCGCAGCGUCGGCACCACGGCGUGGAUUGCCAGCCCGGCCGAGACGGUCGAGCUGCUGGACGAGCUGGCCGACUUGAUGCAGAAGAAGCUGUCGUGA